CUCCCAGUGCCUCCCUGGGGGCCCCUCCUUGGCUGUAUCCGUCCGUCCGUCACUCCUGGGGCUCUACUCUCCCCCUGUCUGGGGCACCAGCCCCUCAGGGACCUGCGUCCUGCCAUGUCGGUGGCUGUGGAAACCUUUGGCUUCUUCAUGGCAGCCCUGGGGCUGUUGAUGCUGGGGGUGACCCUGUCAAACAGCUACUGGCGAGUGUCCACCGUUCACGGAAAUGUCAUCACCACCAACACCAUCUUCGAGAACCUCUGGUAUAGCUGUGCUACCGACUCCCUGGGAGUCUACAACUGCUGGGAGUUCCCGUCCAUGCUGGCCCUCUCUGGGUACAUCCAGGCCUGCCGGGCACUCAUGAUCACCGCCAUCCUCCUGGGCUUCCUCGGCCUCUUUCUAAGCAUAGUGGGGCUGCGCUGCACGAACAUUGGGAACAUGAUGCUCUCCAGGAAAGCCAAGCUGGCAGCCACCGCAGGGGCCCUACACAUGUUGGCUGGUGUCUGCGGGAUGGUGGCCAUCUCCUGGUACGCCUUCAACAUCACCCAGGAGUUCUUCGACCCCCUGUACGCCGGAACCAAGUACGAGUUGGGCUCCGCCCUCUACCUGGGCUGGAGCGCCUCCCUGAUCUCCAUCCUGGGCGGCAUCUGCCUCUGCUCCGCCUGCUGCUGCGGCCCUGACGAGGGCCCCGCCGCCAGCCCCCGGCUUGCCUACAAGGCCUCCGCGUCCGCGGUGCCCCUCGCCGCGUCGGGAGAAGAAGGCGACAGCAGCUUUGGCAAAUACGGCAAAAACGCCUAUGUGUAGGAGCUGCGGUCAGUGAGGCCCAUUUUCCUUCCCACUGCCCCAGAGAGGGGUCGCCGCUGGGUCCCACCCUCCCAACAACAGCCUUAGGAUAAGGCCACGCCCCAGGCUCCACCCCAUGUCCUCAAGCCACGCCCAUCUCUCGACCCGCCUCUCCAGUUGGAGCUACGCCCCGGCCAAGCCCCCUCGUCUUGCACUCCUGGGGCCUUCCAGGCUAAGAACUGCUCUGAGAAGUCCUUUUGCCUGGACCCCUCCUCGUCCAUCGUCUGAGCCCGGGCUCUGGGAUGUGAAGGGGACAGAGGUGUCCCCGAAUGUGUGUAUUAUAUAUAAAUACAUGCAUAAAUAAA